CAAGCGAAAUAAAUACUAAUAAUAAUAAAGUGUUAUUUUUCAACAUUUAUUUGAGUGCAAGUUACAAACGUCAUAACUUGCACACAAACUUUGAUCAAAGAUAUUUCUUUUUUUUCGUCUCGGUGUUAUUUAUUUUUGUCACCCCCUCUGCUAACUUUGAUAACUAUUCGAAUCGUGAACGCCAUUGCGAACGGUUGUGCUAAAACGCUUGAUCGGUUUGCGGUUUACUUUUCGGGUUUUGUAUUGUAAAGAUAAUAAACAGUGACAAUUUAUAGUAGAGUUUUCAACAAGUGAUCUUAAUUCAGUUGAAUACUGACACAGUAACAUUUAUUAGCUAUAGUAGCUAUUAAAAUAAACGUGGUAGUGCGUUCUCAAAAUGGCGUCAGGUGGCGGGGGUACGAGGCCCCCGACGAGAAUGAGAAGAGUAGCAUACACGAAAGCAAAAUGGACGACUACGAACGCGAGACAUUUUUGUACACGGCAAAAGAUGAAGGACCAUACAGAAUUUACAUCGAAGUAACAGACAGAACAAAGCCAAUCAACAAAUAUUCGGUGUGAGCGAUGUUGAGGAAGGAAACUAAGUACCGGAACUAUAUCGAAGACAUGAAAUAUCUCGGCAGACAUAAACUAAUAAUAUUCUUCAAUUCCUGGAUGCAAGCUAAUUCACUAAUUGAUGAAAAAGUCAUCAACGAAAAAGGUUACCAAGCUUAUAUACCACGUCACGUGGUAUGCAUAACCGGGGUAGUAAAUGGAAUAGAUACCGACAUUGACAUAGAGUAUCUGAAACAAGAAACCGAAAGUAGCGCACAGGUGGUAAAGGUUUACAGGUUAAAUCGUUGGGAUAGAGAGAAAAUGAAAAAGGAGGCCACAAACCGAGUGAGUUUUACCUUCAGAGCACGAAACUUGCCAGAGAAAAUAAAGUUGUUUGGAGUCGUGGCAAAGGUUCAGCCAUUCGUCAAAAAGACAGAAAUGUGUAAAAAUUGUCACAGGUAUGGACAUAACCACGAAAACUGCAAGUCUAAGAAAAGGUGUGAUCGUUGUGCUCAGGUACAUGACGAGAAUUCCAGUCAGUGUAUUAAAGCCAUAAGAUGUUUGCAUUGUCGAGUUUCCAGCCAUCGCAGCAUCGACGAGGAAUGCCCUGCAAGAGAACGCGAAGUAGGAAUCAAGAAACUGAUGUCCAGACAAAACCUGACGUACGUGGAAGCGAAAGAGAUAGUAGCACCAAGCUUAUCAAGUAAUAGAUACCAACUCCUUACUAACUCUGACGAUUUUCCUACAAUCCAGGAAAGUUUCGCUAAGAUGACAGCUGGUAAAUACGUACAUAAGCAAAUAAACAGUGAUGGUAGAAAUUUAAGGCGGAACAACGUAACCCCAAGCCAGACAUUAAAUGCUCAGAGUCACAUUGGGAAAAGGAAGAAAACCGAUGAAGAGAAUAUUCGAAUCGAUAACGUGGGCGCCAGCAAUUCGACUUCAGUGAAACCACCAACAAACAAACAAACCGAUACGAUAUACGGAACUGGUUUAAACAACCCACAUACCGCUACUACAACAGAAAGAUUACAAGCUAUGUACGAAAAAGGAAAGGCACAUGCUCAGGAAACUGUAUACCGCAACAUGCGAGAAAUGGCGCACUUCAAACUGUUGCAAUGUAACAUUCAGAGUCUGGUGAAAAAUAAAGAAGAACUACAACACGUUCUGAUGGUGGGCGACUAUUCCGCAGCCUUGAUCUCUGAGACAUGGACGAAACUAGAAUUAGAGUCUACUAGUAAGUAUAAUAUAUCCCGAUACCAUAGAUUUUUGAAAUCUAGAUUUGACAACUACGGUGGAUGCGCAAUUUUCCUUAAAGACAGUUUAGGAUACACAACAAUUAAUUUACCUUCGACGUCAAAUUCCAUGCAAACAGUAGCAAUAAAAGUUUGCUCAUGGAACAUGGUUCUGGUUUCAAUCUACGUUGCUCCAUCAAUCACAAAUACCGAGUUUGAAACAGAUAUUUCCAACCUUUUCUACUUUUUGAAACAGUUUAGUAGAGUACUGAUAGCUGGCGACCUUAAUUGUCAUCACAUCACUUGGGAUGAAAUUAAGAUGGACAUUUAA